UAUAUUAACAACAUUAUUAUUUUGUUAACUAAAUUGUAUUUUAUUAUAACGUUUUCUUGUUACAAUAUUCUAUCGAGACUUGUUACAACAGUGCCAUUAUCAAUACGAGAUCUAUAAAAGUAAAAUUUGUUUUACGACGAUAAAACAUGGUUCUUCAAAGAAAAAAGAUUUUGCUAUUAACAAUAUGUGCCAUUGGAUUGAUAUUGGUGAUCACACUUUCAACUGUUUUAUCAAGAAAGGGCUACAUUUCUAAAAAAAAGAAUGACCAAUCAGUUUUAUUAAUAUCACUUGAUGGAUUUCGAUUUGAUUAUCUUCAGAGAGGGGUUUCUCCCAAUCUUCUUAAGUUUGCAAAAAGUGGUGUGCAAGCUGAAUUUUUACAAUCUCAAUUUCCUACUAAAACAUUUCCAAAUCAUUAUACUAUUGUUACUGGUUUAUAUCCAGAAUCACAUGGUAUUGUGGAAAACACAUUUUAUGAUAAGGUAUUCAAUGAAACAUUUUUUCUUGGUUCAAAAUUUAAAGAGAAUCCAAAAUGGUGGAAUGGUGAGCCGAUAUGGGUUACUGCAAAGAAACAAGGUUAUAAGUCUGCUGCAUUUUUCUGGCCAGGAUCAGAUGUUGAAAGUGAAGAAAAAAGACCAAAUUACUGGAAGAUGUACAACCGUUCAGUACCAUUUUUGGAAAGAAUUGAUCAAGUGGUUUCUUGGUUAAAGCUCGAUGAUAAAUCAAGACCUUCUAUGACUUUAUUAUAUUUUGAAGAACCAGAUAGUGCAGGGCAUAGUUACGGACCUGAUUCAGAAGAGGUAAAUUCUGCGAUAAAGAAAACUGAUGAAUAUUUUGGGAUUCUUCUUGAAAAAUUAAAAUCAAAUAAAUUGACAGAAAAUUUAAAUAUAAUUGUAGUUUCUGAUCAUGGAAUGGCAACUGAAAAUACAAGCGCUAUAAUAUACAUUGAUAAAAUUCUAGGUGGGUUACAUGGUCUCUCUGUAGUAGGAAGGAAUGCUGGUUCUAUGGUUUAUAGUGAUAUUCUAAAAAACAUCUCAAUAACUUGUCACAAAAAUGUAGUGGUUAUGAAGAAAGAUGAUUAUUCAAUACCAGUAAGGAUGCAUUUCUCAAAUAACAGACGUAUUGGUGAUGUAAUUAUUACACCAAAAAUACCAUGGGUUUUGCAAGUCAGCAAUCUUUCUUCACCUUUAAUUGAUAAAGGAUACCACGGAUUGGAUAAUAUCAUCCCUGAAAUGCAGAAUAUAUUUUUGGCAUCAGGACCUGUAUUUAAAUCUGGUUUUGUUUCAACUCCUUUUGCAAAUAUUGAAAUUUACAACCUUCUUGCAAGUAUACUAAAGUUGAAACCAGCUCCUAAUAAUGGAACAUUUGGAAGUCUUAAUCACUUGCUACUUCAACCUUCUACAAUGGAAUAUUCUUCAUUGAAUAAAAUAACUUACCCAUUUAGACUUUUUCCUAAUGAUGUAAAUGCACGAAAAUUAUUGUGUAAAUCAUGCAUUUGCCCUUACUGUUCGAAAAAUAUUUUCAACAAUAUUACUUUAUUUGAAUCUAAUUUAAACUUGUCAAAAAAAGAAUUAAUCAGUUCCCAAACCAAACAUUUUCCAUAUUCCUUACCAUAUGGAGGGGGUGAUGACUCUGUAUGCGUUCUUACUCAGCGAUCAUAUAUAACAGGGUAUAGUACAAAACUACGUAUACCUUUGUGGGUUGGCUAUGAACUACUUGGAAAGAAUCUUUUGAUAAAUAUAAACCGAUCAAAUUGUUUCCGUCAAGAUAUUCGCUUGUUAUCAAAUGAGAGUUCGUUUUGUUCAUCAUAUUCCAAUUCAGGGUUUGAUCGCGGUCAUUUGGCUCCUAGUGGAGAUUUUAAUCAUAAUGUUGAUGAUGAACAAGAUACUAAUUUGCUAAGCAACAUUGCACCUCAGUAUCCUUAUUUUAAUCGGGGAAUUUGGCAAGUGCUAGAAGACUUGGUUCGCAAUUGGACCAUACAUUAUGGCAGUAUACAUGUUAUUACUGGAUCUAUAUUUGAUGUUGAUAACAAUGGUAUUAAAGAUGAUAUAAAUCAAGCAAAACAAUAUCUAAAAAAUCAAUUAAAUGGCACAGCUAUUCCUACGCAUUUUUAUAAAAUCCUGUAUAAAUGUUCAAGACCAAAAAAUAAUGGUUUGUGUGAUACUGAGUUAGACACGCUAUCAUUUAUUCUUCCACAUAACAAUUCAACUAUCUGCACAACUGAAUUAGAGUACAUAAAGUUUCAUGUUGCAUCAAUCAAAGAUAUUGAGUUGAUGACAGGCACCUUAUUUUUUGCUAACCUCCCCGCAGAUUAUAGAGCAAGAUUGGUAUCCAGACUUCAUACAAAACUUUGGUGAUGUGCGUGAAAAAUUUUGUUCUGCAUAUCAACAAUGAAAUAACCUUUAGCAUGACAAGUGUCAAACGUUUUUUAAAAUAUUUUUAUUGCGAAACUUGUAAAAAUGAUCUCUCGGAUUCUCCAAAGCAAUUA